UCGGGAUCCUGGCGGCCACCCGCCGGUCCAGGCGCUGUAAGACUUGUGCAGGCCUCUCACCUGGGUCCGGAGCAGAACCCUUCAUGGGAGAGAAAGGGCUAUCUCCCGCUUCCUACCAUCAACCGACUGCACAUCAGCAGAGCUUCUCCCGGCACUCACUUCACACACACACACCCCGAGUCCCAACUACACUCCAGUUUAAAGCAAGAGGAAUGUUAUAAUAUCCUCAUUCCCGAAAUCCACGGGUUGGGGAAGAGAAUCGAAUUUGUAGUGUCAUGCCAGUUUAGAGAAAAAAAAAUGAGCAAAAAGGAACUGUUACUUAGUGUCUUUGCCAUAUCGUAUAAAAAAAUUAAAUAAUGCAAGCUGGCCAAUGCAGUUUUAUUGAACUUAAAACCAGAGCUGUUUAUAAUGGAGUAAUUGUCACCAGAAUUAGCAGGUCUUGGUUAUAUGAAGUGUUAACAUUUAAAUUUAACAAAAAAUCCAAUACACAAAAUACAUUUUUUUCACUUUAAAAAUCACCCUGCUUUACUUAACCUGAACCCUGAAUUAAGUUCUGCCUGCAAAGUGAUUAAAAGAAAACCGAAUGAACUCCUCUGUAGAAGACAGUAAGGACUGCAGAUGCUGGAAGCCAGAGUCAAUAAGCCUGGAGCUGAACAAACACAGCAGGCUUGUCUUUAUACAAGAUAAUGUUCAUGGAACGGUGUAAGGCAAAGUACUUUACUGGCCAGCCAAUUUGAGUUUAGUGGAAGUUUCCAAAGCACUAACAGAAAUGGGUAUGAGAAUUAAACUACACAGUGCUGACCACCCUAAUAACCUUCUUAAGGAACUUAAUAAGUUUAGGCUGUCUGAAACCAUGUGUGAUGUAAUCAUUGUGGUUGGUGACAGGACAUUUUCAGCACACAAAUCAGUGCUUGCAUGUGCUGCUGGCUACUUCCAGAAGCUCUUUCUGAAUUCCGAGGUUAAUACUGCAAGAACCUAUGUGGUAGACUUCAUCACCCCGGCAAAUUUUGAAAGAAUAUUGAAUUUUAUCUAUACAGCUGAGCUUUUUACUGAUCUCAUUAAUGUCGGUGUUAUCUAUGAGAUGGCGGAGAAGUUAGGAAUGCAAGAUCUCCUGAAGGCUUGUUACUCCACCUUUCCUGACUUGGAAAAAACUGAAAGCAGCAAACCAACAGUUAGAUCAACCGAAGGCUAUGCACCUCUCACUGGAGGUUUGAAUGACCAAAACACCACAAUGUCAGACUCCAGUGGCCCAGGCCCACAGAUUUGUCAUAAUAGAGAUUACAUCAUGCAGGUUGAAGUAGGAGAGAGUUUUAAAAGUGAAGAACAAAAUCUUGUGAAUGAAAAUGGCCCAAGUAUGCCAGUGAUGUACCAACAGUCAACAAAAACUGAAGAUAACCUGGAGAUGGAAUACAGCCAGUCCACAACAAGUGAGAAUAUGCCUUUGACCUCUAAUAAAGGCCCAUGUGAGCUAUAUGAAAUACAGAGUAAUGGAUAUUAUAAUCAAACCAGUUUACUGAUGCCUGGAGAAUCUCUCAAAGAAAGUAGUAAUUCCUGUGUCGGUAAUAAUGUUGAUCUCCAGGUUCAGUCAAUGAAGGAAAUGGAGUGCAUGCCAUUUGAAGGUAUUGAACAGGAUGGCCUUAACUUUGAUGACCACCAAGAGAGCAGAGGUCCUUCUGAAGAAAUAAUUGAGUUAACAGAUGACAGCGAAGAUGACAAUCUUGUCUGUAUUAAAGAUAGUAAUGGUGAAAGUAAGAAUAUGCCAUGCCAGGUAUGUGGCAAGGUCUUACCAGCCAACAUAGGAAUGAUUAGGCAACACGGUAAACUCCACAUUGAUGCAAAAGAGGGGCUGUGCACAGUGUGUGGCGCCAAGUUCACUGACAGGAGCUCUCGAAUCACCCAUGUUUUGUCUCACGUCGGAAUUUUUCUCUUCUCAUGCGACAUGUGUGAAAUGAAAUUUGUAACUCAGUGGCAAGUGGCUGGACAUAGGAAAGGGAAGCCACAUGAUACUAACAUUAUUGUCCAACCAAAUACCAUCCUGCCUGCUGAAGCUAAUUUUGGUGGCUCUCCCACAGAACUAUUUUGUGCUGUCUGUGGAAAGACAGUGACUAAAGACUACCUUGCUGUGAAAGAGCAUAUCCUUUCCCAUCUCAACAUGAAAAGUCUCUCCUGUUGUGUCUGUGAGCAGCCAUCUAGAUCAGUCUGCAGCCUAAUGUGGCAUGUUUUGUCCCACAUGAAUAUAUCAAUCUUUUCCUGUUCUGUAUGUGGUAAUAGCUUUGUGGAUCGAACUGUUCUAGAGCAACAUAUGGCUUCACACCAGGGUAUGGAGUAUUUAUAUGAAUGUAAUUUCUGUAAUAAAAAGUUCCGUUUAGAAGCCUCUUAUCAAAACCAUGUGAAGAUACAUAAGAGACAUAACUUAGAUGGCCCAAAAGGUCCAACUACUCCACACCAGUGGCUCAAAAAGGCGUUAACAACAACGCCAUCAGAUGAAUCUACAAGCGAUGGACAUUUGCCUGCUGUACACCAAGAAACUGUUCUGACCCUUCCCUCAAACCAAGGCAAAGCCAGCUCUAAAGGAAACUGGUAUGAAUGUGAGUUUUGUGGGAAGAGGUUUUCCCAUUCUAGUGAGUUUCAGUAUCAUCUCCGAAUCCACUCAGGAGAGAAGCCCUAUGAAUGCAAACUGUGCCACAAGUUCUUCAGGGGACGGUCGACUGUUAAAAACCAUCUGAAGACCCAUUCAGGUGCCCUUAUGUAUUGCUGCACAGUUUGCCAGAAAUACUGUCCCACCUUGAACCUUAUGAUUAAACAUGUGGAGAUACACAAAGAGGGGGGCCUCCCUCCUGACUUUAAUAUUGCACAGACAUUCAUGUAUAUAGUGCAUUCCAAACAGCCAGUAAAAAUGACGGACUGACCCUUACUCGAAAAGGAAACGGUUCCAUUGUUGAUUUGAAAAACUGUAUUCAGAAAUAGACUUCAAAUAAAGCCUCCUUUUAAUGUACAGUGGAGCUGCCUCCCAUUCUGUGAACCUCAAUGAUUCUAUGGAAGGUUUUGAAUUUUUAUUCUGAUAGCACAUCUGAUAAGUGCACUGUCUAGUUUGGAAAUGAAAUGUAGUGGCCAAGUUACCUGAGAGGUUCCAGGACUGAUUAUUUGCUUUCUGCUUACAAAGCU